GCCUUUGAGAAAGGAGAUUCCUCAGGCAGAAACCCUCCUGGCACAGUGGCCUCUAUUAUAGCCUCCCUGGCCAAGCUCCAGGCAGAUGCCAGCUGCCCCAUCUGCCUGGAUUACCUGAGGGACCCAGCAACCACUGACUGCGGGCACAACUUCUGUGGCUCCUGCAUCCAUCGGUGCUGGGAAGACCUGCAGGACAUCUUCCUCUGUCCCAUCUGCCUCCACCACUGCUCUGACAACAGCCUCAAGAGGGACACCCAGUUAUGCCACAUGACUGACAUUGUUAAGCAGCUUCCCACCCGGAGGAGCAAGAAGAAACAUCAGGAAGAGAAACCCCUGUGUGAGAAACACAGUAAGGUUCUGGAUCUCUUCUGUGAGAAGGACCUGGCCCUACUGUGUCCCCAGUGCAGGGUGUCCUCUGACCACCAGGAUCACCACCUGACACCCACAGAGCAAGCUGCAGAGAGUCACAGGAGGAAGCUCAAAAGCUGCUCAAGCCACUAA